AUGCUCGUCGGCGCGGGCAAGAGCCGGGUGCUUUCCAUCGCCGUCCUGCUAAUCGUCGGCUUCAUCACCAUCGCGACCUUCAGCUACAGCCCCUCGCUGAAGCAGGACUCCGCGGACCUGGUGCGACAGUGGAAGGAAUUCACGCAGAAUCCGCAGGCGCCCGCUUGGGUCAGUCAGAAUCUGGGCAAAGGGAAGGAGGCCGGGGCUGCUUCUUUGCCGGCGACUCCCCCGCCUGACACGGAGGAGUUGCCCUCGAAGAAUCCGAAUCCGUUUGCUGCGGUCAAUGAGGUGACGGGGGGCGAUGUGGGCGCGAAGGAGAGUAGCAGUAGCAGUAGCAGUACAAGUACAGCGGAGGCGGCCAGUGAGCCGACGAGGGCGAGUGAGUUGGGAGGAGAAGAGCAGGAGGCUGCCCGCGUCCACGACCAUCUCCCGGCCGGCGCCAGUCAUGGGAAGAAGGAAUACCACGAAAUCUUCUCCCGCACGACGCCGGAUCGUAAAUACUUCAAUUGUGAUUUCGGCACCGGGUGGGAUUACAGCUACGAGGCCAUCAACCCGAGCAUCAUCCACCAUCCGCACAUGAACGAUACCUGGCUCAUGAUCGCCCAGCACUUCCCACGCCUCCGCACAUUUACCUCCGGGUGGUCUGCUCAGAUUGCUUGCGAUGCCAAAUUCACCGCGGAUGGGAAGAAUCUCAGCUGUAUUGCGCCGCCGCAUUUCCUCGUUGUCCCACCGACUGCCAGCCCGGGAUACUGCAAGGGAGAAAUGAAUGGAGUGAACAUGUCUCCUCUGAAUCUGAAUGUCGGCCCACACGAUGCCCGAGUGUUCUACGGGCCAAAGUCUCCCUAUAUCAUCUACGGCUCCCAGUCCCACCACACCUGCUUCGGCCAAUGGGUCCAGGAUUUCCGUCUCACCUGGGACUGGGGGAUCCGCUGGAAUCUCUCGGACCCUUUCACCUUCCAGACCGAAGUUCAAAGACCCGGAUCCUACGGCAUCGUGGAGAAGAACUGGUUCCUCUUCUGGGACUACAAGGGCGACGUCUACGCCCACUACGACACCGCGCCCAAACGCGCCUUCGCCAAGCUCAACGAGGACGGCUCCGUCGGCGAAGACCUCGCGCCCUACGCCCAGCCCAGCGACGAUUUCUGCUGGAAGAAAUUCAACGAGCUCAACCCCCUCCCCCCGCAGGGCGACGCCAACGACGCCAAGGCCAGCAUCCACCAGGCCACCAACUCCCUCGCCAUCACCUUCUGCGCCCGCAGCGACACCUCCUGCUUCAAGGGCGCCUCCAACACCUUCCUCAUCCAGAUCUUCCAGCAGAAGAUCGGCAACGGCUUCCUCCACGCCCACUACGAACCCUACGUCAUGGUCUUCCGGCGCGAGGCCCCCUUCCAGAUGCACGCCAUCUCGCGCCGGCCGCUCUGGAUUGCCGGCCGCAGCUCCAAGAGCGAGAUGCUGUACGUGACCAGUAUCAACUGGCGGGCCAAUCAGACGUAUCACGGGUACAUCGACGACGUGCUGCACGUGAAUUUCGGGAUUGAAGAUAAGCGGAGUGGGAGUAUCGACGUGAGUGCGAAGGAUUUGUUGGGGGAGUUGAUGACUUGUUAG